UUUUGUUGUUGUUGAAUACUAAAAGUGGUAACUUUCUGUUGAUCUUCACACACCUGAUCAAUUUGCUCGAAAUUUUGGGAAAUAUUUGAAUUGUGAUUUCUGAAAAUUUGUCCAUUUCUCAUUUUCCAUAUUGACCAUAUAUACUGUAGCAACGAAGAAGACUGCUCUCUAUCACUUCCAUGAAUAUGAUGAUGACCCAUGGCUAAUAUUAUAUUAUUUCUCACACUUACCUACUACCUCACUUACACCCCUACUCCCUAUAAAAAAAUCAUUUAAAAAUCCACACUCCCACUCACCACUCUCCACCCCUUAUACAUUUUCCACUUACUAUAUUAAAAAAAUAUCCCACUAUUAACUACUCCCUCCGUCCCGGAAUACUUGACCUGUUUUCCUUAUCGGGCCGUCCCUUAAUACUUGACCUGUUUCUAAAAAUGGAAAUAUUCUAACAAUAUUAUAUUAUUUCUCACUCCACCCCUAUUAACCCACCUACCCCCUACUCCAUACAAAAAAUAAUUAAAAAUUCAACCCCUACUCUCUCCAACCCCACCCCUUUACACAUUUUCCACUAACUACAUUAAAAUAAUAUUCCACUAUCAACUACUACCUAUUAAAUUAAAUAAGUCAAUUCAAGUCCCUUAAACUCUGUGCCGGUCAAACCGGGUGGAGUAUUCCGGGACGGAGGGAGUAACACCCAUUAAAUUAAUAAGUUAAUUCAAAUGUAUUAAACUCCGCACCGGUCAAACCGGUGCGAGUAUUAAGGGACGGAGGGAGUAAUAACUAAUUUUACCGUAGAAUUACAGGGAAUGGAGAAUAUACCGAAAGUGAAAACCUUUGUCCCAAAUCCCAACACACCCUCUGUUUUUGUUAUUUUCUAUUACAAGAAAAUCCAAUCCCAUAAUAAUAAUAAUAAUUCCAUAAACACCCGGAUGGAUAUUCAAAAAGAAAUAUUUUAAGAAAUCCCCAAAAGUGGGUUUACAUAAUCAUAAAUAAACUGUAAAAGAAAAUGUCACUCCACAAAUUCAAUCCCUUUUUUCACCCCUUUUCACACACACUCUGUAUCUUUUCCUGUAUAUCCGGCCCUUACUACUCCAAUUAUUCACCAUUUUUCAACACACCCUUCUGCUUCUUCUGUCUUUUUCUCACCCAUUUCAAUAUCAUCUUACCCUAAUCUUCAUAAAAUAAAAAGUAAAAAUACAGAGAAGAAAUUAAUUUCAUCCACAUUAAAUGGAAGAAGAAGAAGAUGCAAGAAAUUUUACAAAAACCCAUUUUUUUCAGCAACGUUACAAUGCUAAAUUUCAAGUUAAUCCUAGAGAAAAAGGUAAAUCUUGCUCACAUUUCUUACUAAAAUUUCUGUUCUUAGCUCUGUUUCUCUGUUUACUUCCUCUGUUUCCUUCUGAUCCUCCUGAGUUUAUUAGCCACACUGUUUUUGCUAAAUCUUGGGAGCUUAUUCAUCUUCUUAUAAUUGGUAUUGCAUUGUCCUAUGGAUUGUUUUGUCGUCGAAAAACGACGCAAGUUCCUCCGAAAACCCAGAUUUCUCAACCAUUUGCACCUAAUGUUCUUCAACAUUCUUCUAUAUUUGACUAUGAGGAAGGUAACCCAUCUGGGGUUUUUGAUAAAAAUGUGAUUCCAACUCAAAGUUUUAACCUUUCACACUAUAGGACAGAGCCCUUUGUGGAGUUGAGGAGAGAGAAUUGUAAAGUUUUCGAUGAGAAGCCUUUAGGUUUGCCAGUUAGGAGUUUAAGAUCAAGAGUUGUGGAUAGUGAUAGUGAAGAAGAAGAAGAAGAAGAAGAAGAAGAAUGUGCUAGUGAUUGUGACUCUGAUUCUGACCUGAGUGGGAAUAACUCUAGUAAUAGUAAGUCAAGAAGUGGAAUAAAGGAGAAUUCGGAAGGGAAUAUGGAAGCUGUCAGAUUGUCUGAUUCAAGACCUACUGCUAUGCGUAAAUCACAGUCCGCCAGGACAGAUUUUUUCAUGGAAGAUAGUGAUAAACUUCAAGCUACACAAUUAAACUCUGAGUAUUUUAGGUCACCAGCACCAGAAGCAUCAUCUUGUCAGAAAUUUUCUGGGUUGUGUUCUUGGUUGCCAGAGUCACCUAAUAUGGAAAGAGAGAAUUCAUGGAGGGGGAAUAGUUUUUACACGCCCUUUUCUAAUUUUAAUCAAGUCAGUGAUUUUAAUUUGGUGGGUGUAUCACCAAAUUUAGAAAAUGCUACCAAUGUUUUCAUGUCUUCAGCUGCUGUUCCCUCUUCAGUGCCAUUUUCUGGUAAUGAUUUUGCAUCAGGAUCCAGGACAUACAAUUAUGGAUAUGAGUAUUGGGGUAGUCCCAACUUUGGAAAGGGAAAUCUGGGUGUGGAUAAUUCUGGCUUUUUCAUGCCUUCACCCAAAGUUCGUUCUCCAAUGUCAAUGUCGAUUCCUGGUAAUGAUUUAGCUUCAAGGUCUAGACAAUACAAUCAUGGGACUGAAAAUUGGAGUGAAUCGCCAAUCUUGCCAAAUGGAACUUUGGGUAGUGGGGUAAACAAUAACAUUUUUAGGCCUUCAGCUUCAUUUCCGCCUUCAGUGCCGGCUUCUGCAGAUACAUUUGCUUCAUCAGUAAUAGCAUCAAAGAUUGCAGAAUUCAAUCAUGGGUCUUCUCUCAAUAAGAUGUAUGAGAUGAGAUCAGAAAACAACAAUAUGUCUUUGAGUGGGGAAAACAGAAACAAUUUUGUGCCUUCAGCUAAGUUUUCUCCUUCAAUGACCGAUCCUAGAGAUGAUUUCCCUCCUUCAGUGAAAGCAUCAAAAAGUGCAAAGUUCAAGAAAAGGGAUGAGAUGGGAACAGAAAACAGUAAUGUGGCUUCGGGAACUUUUCAGGAAGGGACUAAAUCUUAUAUCCCUCAUUGUGAUGUUCCACUUUCAGAUGGUGAAUCACCGAAGCUAGAGACUGCAAAUUUGGGUAGUCACGACAAACCCAAUUUUUUCAUGAAGACAGAUGAAGUCCUGGAUCCUGUUAACGAGCUUGCUUCAACGAGUUCCAUAUUCAACCAUGAGGCUUCUGCUAACAAGGAUGAAGAAAGACCAGAAGGGGAUACUGUUUUUGUUGAUUCAUUUUCUUCCUCAACUUCAAAGGUUGAUGUUUCUCCAAAGAAGAAUGAGCAAAGACCGAUUCCAGAGAGAUGGGACAUAAAUUGUUUUGAGAUACCAUUAUCAGAAAAUAAUGAUAGUGGAGACAUUUUGCACCCUACACUUCCUGAUUCUCCAGAAGCACCAGGAUCUGGCAGUAGAAUUUCCUGUCAUCAGCAAGGAUCACCACGGAAUGAAGUGGAAGAAAUUGUCCCAAUGAACAACUUGGAGAUAGAAAGUGUUCCAGAAGAUAUUCUAGGAGAGAACAUUUCUUACAAGCCUUCCAUACCUUCACCCCCACUUCAAAUUCAAACACAAAGCAAAGAUCUUGUAGUAUCAUCAUCUGUUGAAUCAAGCUCUAGGGCCGCCCUAGGAAAUCAAUCAUUCCUUAGCGACGAUGAUGAUGAUCAAAGAUCACCCGAGAGAAGGAAAGCUUUGUCCACGGCAUCCCAUUCUCCAAGGUUUAGUUGUGGCUCCUUCUUUGAUAGAGAUCUACGGAAGAGCUUCAAGGGUGAGGGAAAGGAAGUAAACAGGAAAACUAAGGCAGCAGAACAUCAGUUUGCUAGAGGAGGCAAGUGUGGUUGGGAUUGCUUAAAUGUUAAACCAACUAUGAAUAAGGCUUCUUUGAAGGGGAAAUCUGUACGAACAGUUAGGCCGAAACACCUGCAAAAGACUGAUCUCAUUGAACUUAAACUAGAAGAAUAUAAUCAAGCAUUGUCAGUAACAAACGGAGGAGACAGAAAAGGAGAGAAGCCAGAGACGGUGGUCAUACACAUUGGAAUUAGUGAAAAUUCAAAUCGUCCAAAAGGGGAAAAGCUUAAAGGAAUUGGUGGAACCUCUGUAGUUGUGGGAUUGAGCUCAAAACAGAACUCAAAUGAUAAGGCUUCCGCUGUCGUUAAUGAUGAUGUUAAGGAGGAGGUAAAUGAUAGUGAAAUUGAUAGGAAGGCUGACGAGUUCAUUGCCAAGUUUAAGCAGCAAAUCAGACUCCAAAAAGUAGCUCCAAGGGGUAACUCAAGCAGACAACAUAAAAGAUCCUUGUACCAAACUUGAAGCUGAUAUUGCAAUUGUCCCUGAUCCUAUGAUUUACUGAUUUGUAUUAUCUUAUUAUUAAAUCCCUUUUCAUUUCUAUGCUUUUUCCUAGUUCAUGCAUUCUUGAUCAGAUCACAUGUAAAAAUUCUCUAUUAUUGUUCUGGUUCAUUAUGUAGCUUCUAUUAAACUAAUCUUGGGGCUUUUAAGCUUAAGUUUUUUGGUUUAGUUGGUCCUUUGACA